CGUUGGGUUUGAUCCUUGGCAUUCACCCACAACACAAGCCGAAGCCUACGGAUUCCAAUUCCCACUUGUUUCGGUCUCGCGCGUGCAUGGAGCUCUCCGGCGAGCCCGCCUCGCCGGCUACGGCGCCGCCCGGGCAGCCGGAGGAGGCGGCGGAGUUGUCUGAGGGUGCAGUGGAGGAGGAGGAGUCGACUGCCACGGCGUCGCCGGUCGCCCGGCCCGAGAGCGAGGCCGCCACGGAGUCGUCUUCUUCGAUGACGCUGGCCGGCGAAGAGGCGGCGGCCGCAGACGGGGAGGAAGUGGAGGCCUACGGGCCAGCGUCGGGGCUGUUGGGGGCGGGCGGGGAUGAGUCGCCGUCGGUUUCUGAACCGCGAGAGGAGCCGGGAAGGGUGGAUACGGGAAGUGCCGCAUCGGCGGCGCCGUCGGUUUUGCGAUCGGAGCAGCGUGCGAGGGGAGCGGAGGAGCUGGAGAAUUCCAUCGCCGCCCCGUCGAGGGGAGGAUCGCCAGCGAGGGAGGAGGCGAAGUCGAGGUUCUCUUCCGCGCCGUCGUCUCCUGUUCUAUCGGGCACGUCGAGCUCGUCGUCGCCGUUGUUACAGAUCAAGCAGCAGGUGCGGCACGUGCGCACCGGCAGCUUCCAGCGGUUCCGGCAGCAGAUGCAGCGGGCGUGGAAGUGGGGGCCAAUAGGGAGUGGAGGAGGCGCCGAGAGGAGCCCCAGGGAGCAGCUGCUGAGGACGACAGUGAACAUUGAGGCUAUGGCUAAUCAGAAGCGGCAGUGGUACCAAAUCCACUCCAAGUCGCGGGACCAUAAACAAUAUAAGGAACCAACGACACUCUUUGAAAAUUUUUUUGUAGUUGGACUUCAUUCUUAUGCAAAUGUUGGAAUAAUUGAGGAUGCAUUUGCAAAGAAGAAAGCUUGGGAAUCUAAUGUAGAACAUUUGGAGAUUGUAGAUCUUAGAAAAAUUCAGUACCAUGGACCUAUACCGACCAUGGAACCACAGAUUCUUUUCAAGUAUCCACCUGGAAAGAGAGCAGAAAUUAGGGAGAUUGAUUUGCCCUCAUUCUGUUUUCCUGAGGGUGUAAAGGCUCGCUUAAUAGAGAGGACUCCAUCAAUGAGUGAUCUGAAUGAAGUGGUAUUUGGGCAGGAACAUCUGUGUCGAGAUGACCUGUCUUUUAUUUUCUCCAUGAAGGUGUCAGAUAAUGCACCACUAUAUGGUGUUUGUCUGCAUGUCCAGGAAAUAGUUCAGAGAGCACCAGGUAUACUAGGCAUGGUUUCACCACUAAACCCUACUUCCUACAAGCCAAGUCGUUUCUUGGUUUCUGCACCACGUUGUUACUGUUUACUUACAAAAGUACCCUUUUUUGAGCUGCAUUAUGAGAUGCUAAACAGCAUAAUUGCUCAGGAGAGGCUUGACAGGAUAACACAGUUUGCUAGUGAAAUUGCUCUGGCAGAACCAGUCCCCCGUUCCGUGAAAGAGCAUAAUCAAAUAAAUGGGGAUUAUGAAUCCCCAAAUGGGCUUUCGUACAAUGACUGGACAGAAUAUGCUGUCCCUGUCAAUAGUAUAUCUGGUCUUGUCUCUUCAUCAGGACUUCCAUCAGAGGGAGACGUUGCUUCAUAUCUAUUCAGGACUUGGGAGCCUAAUUCUCCUGAAAGUAUAUCAGCUAGUGAGACUUCAGAUUCUAGUUACAUAAGAGAACUUGAGAAGGAAGGCAGACAUAGCUUCCAACAAUAUGAUGACUGUAUAUCAGAGAACUUGGAAUCUCGUUGUGAUAGCUUUGGAAGAGCAAGUUGUACUUACGAGAAUGGACAUACUUCCCCAGAUCUUCUGUCGACACAUUCACCUAUCUCCAGAAGAAUUGUGCGUGCACAGAGUAUGGAUUCUCUACACAGUUCAGUGAAAGGUGCUGGGUCAGAUGAAGAAGAAGAAACAAGUGUAAAGCAUGAAUUUGUUGAUGAUGAAAAAGUUAUGGGAUGGGCUAAGGCACACAACAAUGAGCCUCUACAAAUUGUUUGUGGCUACCAUGCUCUUGAUCUUCCACCUCGUGGUGGUGAGCUAGUUUUCCACCCCCUUGAACAUCUACAACCUGUUAAAUACUCCAGGCCUGUAUUAUCUUCUUUGGGGUUAGGAGACACAAAUUUGGACAAUGGUUUGACUACAAUACAACAACCUGAGGUCAAUGCCCGUUUGGCUGCUGCAGAAGAAGCUAUUGCAUUAUCAAUAUGGACUACAGCUACAAUUUGUCGUGCUUUGUCUCUCGAAAGUGUGCUAGAAUUAUUUGCUGGGGUACUGUUGGAGAAGCAAAUUGUGGUAAUAUGCCCAAAUCUGGGUGUACUGUCAGCAAUUGUUCUGUCAGUUAUACCGAUGAUAAGACCAUUCCAGUGGCAAAGUUUACUACUUCCUGUUCUGCCGAGAAAGUUGGUUGAUUUUCUUGAUGCCCCCGUCCCUUUCAUUGCUGGUGUCCAACAUAAACCCCCUGAUAUUAAGAUGAAAGCAUCAAGUAUUGUCAGAAUAAAUGUAGAGAAAGAUCAGGUGAAGGCAUGCUCAUUACCUCAACUUCCGUAUUUCAAAGAGCUUGUUUCUGAUCUCAGUCCAAUUCAUGCUAGACUUUCAUGUGAGAAUGCUUUGGCUAAGAGACAUCCAAUUUACAAAUGCAAUGAAGUUCAGGCUGAGGCAGCCUGCCAGUUUUUGAACGUCAUGAGAACUUACUUGGAAUCACUUUGUUCUGACUUGCGCUCUCAUACCAUCACCAAUGUACAGGCAAAUAAUGACAGGGUUUCGUUGCUUCUGAAAGACAGCUUUAUCGAUUCAUUCCCCUCAAAGGACCGACAAUUUGUAAAGCUUUUUGUGGAGACACAGAUGUUCUCUGUUCUAUCAGAUUCUCGACUUUCAACAUUCGAAAAUGAACUGACAUAAAAGGUUUGCUCCAGCCAGAGAUCAAAGAAUUCAAACAUUGCUGGUUUGUCGUAAAGAUUUCUUCUAGUGCAUAUCUUGUCAUUUGAACGAUCGGGAAAUGGGAAGAAAAAGGCAAAUCCGACCGAGCAUUGAGGGGUUAGACUGUGCAGCCCCCAGAAGUUUCUAUUCAAUGCUGGAGACCUGGAGCUUCCGAAGAAUGAAUCGGGUAGUCUGGCUAUGAAAAUAUGACGCAGAUGCAGGCAUGCAGCCCAGUCUUUUCAAUGGGCACAUGGCCUCCUAGUGGUAUACAUACGGGAUGGAAAAGAGAUAUUUAAAUGCUGUACUACAGUUUUGUUUUUGUUCAUUGUCUUCUCUUUGCCAUACAAAUCAGCCAGUAUAUAGUGAAAGAGCCCUGUAAAUAAAUUGAGGUUAUCCAUUGUAGUUAGCAUGUUGGAUGUUAGAAUGUUGGAUGGAUUUAAUUUGGAGCAAUUUUACUAUCGUUGAGGAGGUACCAAGAGGUUUUUGUAUCACUG